AUGCCAAAGGCACCCAAGAUAGACGAAUCCCGUGUAAUCGAGGCCUGCGAAGCCGCCCAGCACGAAAAAAAACCGAAUCUUGCGAAGAUCGCGCGGGAAUAUGACAUUCCGUAUGAGAUACUACGCGGUCGCGUUCGCCGGGGACGACAGGCUCGUAACGCCUAUACACCUAAAAAUAAAGCUCUUGAUGAGUAUCAGGAGAAAGCUCUAGUCCAGUGGAUCAUUCGUAUGCGAGAUUUAUACCUCCCCGUUAACCCUGAGAUGCUCACAGAGUGGGCAAAUCGGGCUCUCGUGCGCGCUGGUUUCAAUUAUGAAGUCAGUAAGAUGUGGGCGUAUCGUUUCGAGAAAAGACUCCCACCGCACCUUAUGUUAGGCCCCGUGACAUAG